AUGACGUUGGUGCCAACGAGCAGCGGGCAUCGUCCUGCACUGUCUGCUUCUGACCCUGAGGCUGCUUCAAUUCUGCUUCGUGAAGGCUGCAAGAAGAUUCUCGUAGCUGACUCUUUGUCCUUACUGAAGAAGAUGCACCGAACUCAAAUGAAAGGUGUUCUGGUUGAUGAGGAGAAUAUCUGUGAAUCGUGCCUUUCCCCUAUUCUUCCAUCAGAUGCAGCUAAGCCCUUCAGCAUGGUGGUCUUCCACUGCCGGCACAUGUUCCACAAGGAGUGCCUGCCUGUGCCCAGCAUGAACUCUCCCGCACAGUUCUGCAACAUCUGCAGCGCUAAGAACCGUGGGCCAGGAAGUGCGAUUUUGGAAAUGAAGAAAUAGCUGCGUUCCACUACCAGCCUCUCCCUGCCCGCUCUUCUCAAGACUGGUUUUGCACCAGCAGAAGCGUUAGUUGACACCAGUGCUGUUAAGAGAUCACUCAUGUUUAUGUUAUGCUUAAAAACAGCUUCUUCAUCUAUGCCUUGCUCCUAGAGGCUUCUCUUUGCAGUCGAUAAAGAAGUUGGGGCGUUCCUCAUGGCUUGAAGCAUUUGGUUUCAUAGUCAAUAAUUCGUCAUUUAUUUGCUUGGCCCAUUCUUUAUUUAGUAAUGGAAACAUAAGCCUAGGAGUGAGAAAUUUAUAUUUUAGACCUUAGUGAAAGCAUUCAACCAUGAAGUGGACCACUGAGAAUUGUCCCAGCUGUGUGUGAAUGUCACUGGUUGCAGUUGUCUGGCGGGCUGCUGUCCACCACUGGGACCUGUUUCUGUGUGUUCUGUAUGUUCUACUGGUGACAGUUCUUGUGCUCUGGGUUUGGUUUUCUUUACAUCAUCAACUGUGGUUUUCUUCUUAAUAGGCAUUUAAUGAAGUAUUGCGCAAAUUGUCACUCAUUCAGUGACAUCUGGGAAUAACAUUAGCAGGCUGAUGUCCUGCAGCUUUUUGUUUACAAAUCACGUGUUCUCUGCGUCCCAGUGACUGGCAGAGUGUUUGGCCCUGGAAGCACGUGGUGUUUGUUGAUUGAAUAAAUGUAGCUCUGUCAUCAUGAAA